AUGGCCAAUAUGGUGGAAGAAGACGACAGCAUAUCGAUAUGUCGAGUUUGCAUGAAUGCCGAUCCUAAUCUGUAUCCUAUAUUUGAAGUACAAACAGGCUUUGAAAACUCUAUAGCUGAGAUAUUGACUGAGUGUACAAAGUAUCCGGUGGAACGUAAUGAUAAAUUGCCCACAAGGGUUUGCCUUAACUGUAGGGAGACGGCCCGUAGUGCCCACAAUUUUAAGCGGCAAACUGAGGAGGCAUAUUGUAGACUAAAAUCGCUAUAUGAUAUCAAUUGGGCGACACAACAACAGAAGGAUGGGAUUAACAAGGAGACGCCCACAGUCCCCACCACUACCACAGGCCCGAAUAUUGUCAAUAACAGUACUAGUAGCUGUGACAGCAACAGAAUAGCACAUAAGUAUACACAAACGGAAAAAAGUACGGUAUUCCAGUGUGAGUCCUGUCCAUUGAAAUUUUUUGUGGAACAUGAAUUGCGUCAACAUCGGGCCUCAACACACAUAUACGAUGGUAAAAAGUGCCGAGUCUGUGGAGAGAAAUUCAAUCAUUUGGGCCAGCUAAAGGUGCACUUGUCAACGGCACAUCCCGAUGAGGGUAUACGUUGUGAUUUCAAAUGCUACAUCUGUGCGCGAGAGUUUACGCGAAAGGAUCAUUUGAAACGGCAUUUGAUUAAGGUCCAUAAGAUCAAGGAUGACAAAUUAAAUAUUUCCAAGAUAUCUCUGGAUGAGCCUGAAAUACAAAUCAAUGCUUCAGACAAUCAGGCAACCACCACCACUCUUAACAAUUACAGUAGUCACUGGCCGGAUUAUUGUAACGAAGAUGAUGAAGCUGAUGCAUCGACAAGUCAAAAUGAAACGGCCGAAACAGCAAUUAAUCCCUUCUCAAGUGAUGAUGAGGCAAAUGAUCCGAACAAUUUCAAUAAUAUGAACGAUGAGGAUGUUAAAAAUUUUGUAGAAAAUUUCCCACAACCUGAAAUAUCAAUAAAAGUUGAACAUACCGAUGAUAAUAAUGAUGUCAUUAAAACGGAAAGACUAAUAAAAUUACAUGAAGAUGGUCAAUUGGAAGAUACAAAACCCACAGUGCAGGUUCUGGAAUCACAAAAACCAGAAUUAUUUGAGGGAAAACGUGAACCUGGACAUAUUGAUAAUGAUGAUGAAGACGAUUUUCAUUACUUUGGCGAUGAUCAUCAUAGUGAUGAUGAUAAUAGCAGUAGUGAUGAUGAUGAAGAUUUCAAACAUGAAAAUUCAGCGACCACUACGAAUAAAGUAAGAAAACCACGACGCCGUCAUGGUUCCACAAAUCCCGAAGAUAAUCGCUGUAAAGAAUGUAAUCGUACAUUUACCCGCUACAAUCAUUUGCUCCGUCACAUGCUGUCGCAUAGCAAUGAAAAGCCACACAUUUGUAAAUUUUGUAGUAAAGGAUUCACCCGUUCCGAUCACUUGCAGAAGCACAUACAAAGUAUUCAUGCGGAAAAGAAUUUCAAAUGUGACCGCUGUGACAAUGCCUAUGGACGAAAAGAUCAUCUAAUGCGUCACAUUGAGACGCGACACAAUAAAAAUCCUUCCGCCCCGAAGCCGCAAUAUGAAUGUGAUAUGUGUGAAAAGAAAUUUACAACAAAAACUUAUUUGGUAAAGCACAAGUUGUUGCAUACUGAUCGUCUCUAUGCCUGUAAACAUUGUCCGGAAACGUUCACCGAAAAGGAACAAAUGAAGGAACAUCAGAAAAAGGAACACACACAACCGAGGAAUUUUCUUUGCAGUAUAUGUGGAGAUUCAUUUCAACGUAACGAGUAUCUGAAAAUUCACAUGCGGCGCCAUACUGGCGAAAAACCAUACAAAUGUCGAUUUUGUGAAAAAGGUUUUCCACGUAGUACGGAUUUGAAAAUGCAUGAAAGGUAUCACAUUGGUCUCAAACCAAAUCUCUGCAAUUUAUGCGGCAAAGGCUUCCAUCGUCCCUAUAAUCUAACCAUACACAUGCGCACCCACACCGGUGAGAAACCCUACAAAUGCAAUCAAUGUCCCCAAGCCUUUGCCCAAAGCAACGAUUUGAAGGCCCACAUACGCAGACACACCGGUGAACGUUUUCGCUGUGAUAUUUGUAGUGCUGCAUUCCUACAACGUUACGGGCUUAAUGCCCAUUUGAGGACAGUACAUGGCAUUGUUGUUACAUCGUUUACGGGACGUUUACGUAAAGCUGAACCUGGUGAGGUACAAGGUGGGACCAAUGUUUCAGCUGAUGAUAUGCUAUCUGGUGAGGAACAAAUGCAAGCAACGGAACCAUUGCCCCAGAAAACAAUAGCAAACACAACAACAACAGCAAUGCAACAACAACAUAUAGAUAAUUCAUCAACACCGCCAUUAUAUUUGGGCCAACACAUUUUAAAUCCGAUGACUGCUCCUCUAGGUUUGGCAGUGGCGCAUGCGGCAGCAACAUCUAUGGAUGCAACCAUUUUGCCACCACCACAUCCACCUCCCCCCACACAAAUGCAUAGUACAAAAAAUUCAAAUAUCCAAACUGAAUAUGAAAACGAAACGGAAAACAUUGUAUCACAAUCUAAUGAACAGCAUAGCUUUACAAAUGAAUCUAUGGACUAUAUGGAUUCCAAUAGUUAUUAUGAUGAAAAUAAUGUUGGAUUUAUGGAUUCGUAUAGCCACCAACACGAUGACAAUGAUGAUGAAGAGGCCUACGAAGAUGAUGACAAUGAAAAGAAAAACCAACAACAUUUUGAUCCAACAACUGGUAUAAUGACGAAAAAACAAGAACGUCUAUAUAGAGAAUUAUAUAGUCAUUUAUUAGAUGAACCAGACGGAUCCUCCGAAAACCCAACACCCCAACGCAUCUUUACACGUAAUCCAUCUACGAAUUUAUUUCAUUGUGAUAUGUGUUCAUUGCAAUUUAAACUUCUGCGUAACAUAAAGCGGCACAUGUUAACACACACCGAUUUACGACCAUUCCAAUGCGAGUUCUGUGAAAAGUCCUUCAAGCGGAAGGAUAUUCUACAGAAACAUUUACGUGAUGUCCAUCGUGACCCCGCCACAAAUUGCUAUCAUUGUGACCUGUGUUCAUUGCAAUUUAAAAUGCAACGUAACAUAAAACGUCACAUGUUAACACACACCGAUUUGCGGCCAUUCGAAUGCCAGCUCUGUGAAAAGACAUUCAAACGUAAGGAUAAUCUACAGAAACAUUUACGUGAUGUACAUUCGGAGAAACAUUUCGAGUGCAGUGAUUGUGAUAAGAAAUUUGGCACCUAUAAACAGUUGGACAGACACUUGGAAACGGGGCGUCAUAAAGCUAUGGCGAAUACCAAAACGAAAAUAAGAAAAUAUGAAUGA